CUGCUCGUGCAUUGCAUCCAAUCGCUGCUCGUCAUGACGUCAACUCAACAGUUUGGCUGUGAACCGUAGGGACGUUAUGUCCUGCAAAUCUAACGCAACUAGGAUAAUAAAGUGGUAACGGGAGCACAGGUUAAAGUAAGAGCUCUAUGUAAGGUGAUUAAACAACAUUUUAAAUUGAAUGUUAAGGAACCGGAAAGGACAGCUGAAUGAAGGCCUCCGAGGUGAGAGCAGUUGAGUACAUCUCAAGUAUUCAAUGUUGACCUGUGUCCACCAUGCCUCCUCUAGCGCGGGACCAAGAUACAAAUCUUUUGUCUGAUCAAGAUAAUGCUGGGGACUGCGUGUGCCACGUGAAGUGUGUCCUGGUUGGAGACGGAGCUAUUGGCAAGACAAGCCUUGUUGUGAGCUACACCACCAACGGUUAUCCAUCAGAAUACGUACCUACAGCUUUUGACAACUAUUCUGCUGUUGUGACAGUGGAUAACUAUCCUGUUCGGAUUCAGCUCUGCGAUACUGCUGGACAAGACGACUUUGACUCCCUUCGACCCCUGUGUUACCCCCACACCCACGUGUUUCUCCUGUGCUUCAGUGUGGUGAGUCCCACGUCUUAUGACAACGUUAGAGAACGCUGGCUUCCAGAAAUCCGCCAUAACUCUCCUCGAGCUACAGUGAUUCUGGUCGGCACGCAGUGUGACCUGCGCUUUGAUGUAAAGGUUUUACUUGAACUUGCUCAGUCCGGAGAACAACCUGUACCGGUGCACAUAGCCCAACGACUCGCCCAAGAUACCGGCGCCCUAGCUUACUUGGAGUGUUCCGCCUUGACGCAAGAAAAUGUGAAAGAAGUGUUUGAUACAGCCAUCCUUGCAGGUCUCCGGAACCAAAGUCCAGAUAUAGUGCCUUGGGCACGUGCCAAGAGCGAUAAACCUUGGCAAGGAGAGAAGACGGGGUCACCUCUCAAUGUUACAAUAGUUUCGACUUCGACCUAUAGAAAGAAUAACAAAAAAUGGUGGAAAAAACUGUGUUGUUUCAGUUUUUCUGAGUGAGUGAAUCUGUGAUUGUGCACGUAAAAGUAAUUUAAUGAUAUUUAGAAAACACUUGGUAUCCCUAAAGUAGGUAAAUCACAAUUAAAGAAAUUCAAUCUAUUGCUAAAGGAAGAAUCCCCUUCUAAAAAUGUUCACUAUGUGACUUUUAACUGGUAGUUUAAUCACGUUUUUAAUAGUAAUAUUCUCCAUUUUCCGCUGUGUCAGUAGACCCACAAUAACUGGACUGUAGAACAGUGAAACAAGAGAUGACCCUGACUAGAACCUUGCAAAACUUUGAGUUCAUAGAUCAAAUCAAAACCUAUUUAUAUAUUUCCCUUAAUACUAUGUCACUACUAAAAUAUAGAUUCGAAUCCCGUUUGAGCUCCAUGAUAUGAAACUACGAAACCGAUGAAUCGCUUCAUCUUAUAUACUAUAGCUUUGUAUAUUAGUUAGGCUUAGAUGUUAGACAACAAAAAGAAAAUGUUGCGGUUCUCACGAUUAUUUAGAUAAUAAAAUAUAGUUUAGCUUAAUAUUAUAACACAGCAAUUAGUAUAAUCAUAGGAAGUAAAAAUGAAUAUGUCAUGAGUUUUUGUGAAGAGAGAGAGUUGUUAAUAACUGGUAACUCUCCAUGUAAAUAAAGGAUUGAAAAUUUAUUUCUCUUCCUAAAGGCUCUGAAACAGUUUGUAUAUAUUGUUCUAUACAAUGUUCUUUUCCUUAUUCAUGUUUCUUAUGCUUUGUUUUUCAUGUCGGAUUACUGAGUCGGACAAUCAACCAAGAAGAAAACAUAUCACAUCUUUCAAUUGUUUUACCAGACAUAAUCUGUAAAGAUAAGAAGCUUGUAUUAUUCGCCAAGUGAGGGAUUUGCCAAUGUAAAUAAAGAUGAUUUUGAUCAACAA